UUCCGACACGACCAAACACUACUCUUCGAUCUCCUUCUCGAAGUCCCUAACGCAGAACAGCAAAAUGGGGAGUUUUCGAAGAAGUCUGAUCGGCGUGCACCGAAUCCUCAAUUCCAAUAGAAGCUCCGUCGCAGCCCCUUCCUCUCAGGCCUUUUUUGGGCCUCGAUAUCGUGGGGUUUCCCAUUUUUCUUCAAUCAAUAGCAACGAUACUCUGUCGCCUGAUAUCGAUCUCUCCAACGAAGAGAGUAAGAGACGCUUGUUUAACAGUCUGUUAUAUAGGAGCAAACAACGAGGCUUUCUGGAACUGGAUUUGGUUCUAGGGAAAUGGGUGGAGGAGCAUAUUCAUUCCAUGGAUGAGAAGGGUAUUAAAGCUCUCGUUCACGUCCUUGACCUGGAAAAUCCGGAUCUCUGGAAGUGGCUUACUGGGCAAGAGCGACCCCCCGAAUCAGUGAAAUUAAAUCCUGUGUUUACUGCAGUGCAUGACAAGGUUAUGAACAACCUCAACAGCCAUUCCGCCUCGGAGACACGAGCAAUACCUGGACAACCAUGGGUAAGGGGGUGGGAAGAUAUGAGUAAAGGUCGAGACGGUCCUAUUGCAGGGAAUCAGUAGUUCUGCGAGCAAAACUGAGCUAUGUUUUGAAUAAUGCGUUUGUCCCCUCCACUGGAGGAAAUAAAUAAGAUGUGUUUGUUAUUUUCGUUUCUAUUUGUUCUU